AACGGAAAGCGGCCCCGCUACCAUUUCUGUUAUUAUUGACGUUAUUAUUGUCAUUGUUAACUUUCGACUCCUUUUAAGUUUCCUCUCCAAUUCUCCGGCUCUGUAUCGCCGUUUGGUUUUCACAGAAAGUCUUGUCCUUAUCGCAAAUUAAAGUACAUGAUUUAUCAUCAUGAUAUGACGCUUUCGGUAGCCAGUCUUCUCUUCUUAUCUAUAUCGCCCGCUUCCUACCUUACAUUUCUUCCUCGCGACUUUACCAGACGGUGAUUAUGCCGUGGGCGACAAAUCCUCUCUUCACCCCACCAGAGGGGCCCCCAGCUGAUGUCGAGGCUGCCGCUCCUAACUCUGAUCCUGAUUCUGGUUCAAGUCAGCCACCGGACGUUGCGGAAAGUACAGAUGAUGGAUUCAAGGAGCCGACAGAAAAGUUCAGUGGCCACCAGAUCUUUUACAUAUUCAUCCUCGAUGGGAUAGGUGCCAUGAUUCUCUCUGGCGGCAUCAACUUUGCAAUCGCAUAUGCCAUGUAUGCAACCCAGGACAUCGUAACAAGGCCUAUCCGGCUGUUUUUAUUCCCGAACACUCUUGCCGGAGAUGCCGCGGUCACCGUCAUCAUUCAGUGUCUUAUUACGUGGCACAUAGAGCUCUUCAUUGUGAACCGGGACCUGAGGAAAGGCGGCGUGCAUCCGAUCGGGUUUAUCCCCGAACCCAAAGGCCGGUUCCUGCGGUGGUUCAUGUUCCUGGACCGGCCAAAAGAGACGCACAAAGUUAGGGGCAUCGUCCAUUGGCUGAGCUUCCUCCGCUCCCAGAUCUUGCGGGCCCUGCUGAUCGCCGUGGCCUUCUUCCCCGUUAUAUGGGGUCCCAGCAUCGGCUUCCUCGUUCUGGCGGGUCAAUGGAAAGGCGACGACUGGUACUACGACAAGGUGUGGGCACCGCAGGUCUUUAAGCUCAUUCAGGGAGCUGUGCUGGGACUGCUAACCACACCGCCCAUGGUGAUGUUCUGGCUUACGAGAUGUGGAUGGGCAUUGAAGAAUAAUGAAGAGUAUUAUGGCGAACGGUAAGCCUGAAAGAUGGCACAUGUAUCGCUUUAGAGGUAGGUAUAUAUCAAUAAUGCAUUAUGGGAAUCAUGAUUAGAUAUCCUGUUCCAUCAUAGUCUCGCAUCAAUCUUUGGUGUCCAGUUCUUAUUAAGGACUAGAUGGGCAAGCCGACUUGUAGCAAUUCUAAUUCGGGCUUAUAUGUACACCUCUUUUCGGAGCUACUUCAGCAAGCAUAUGAGACCCCGGCGAUCGAUGUCAG